UCUGGCAACACUGGCAACUUUCUCUUCUGCUGCGAGGUGCUACUGUGAGAGCGUUUUCAAUGGCAAAUAUUGUUGCUUCUGCCUACUGUGUGGUGCUGGCCAUUCUGCUGGUGCAUACUCGAAGCCACAGCGGGCCGGAAGGGCGAAAAUACUACAAACGGAUUGGAACCAAUGUAACCCUGCCGUGCGAGACAUCUGACAGUCAUACUCCAGUGAUCUGGAGAUUUAAUGGACAUGCGAUAACCCACAAUGAAGGUCACCUUCUUCAAGGCACCAAUCUCACCCUCAUAAACAUAGAUUCAUUACACAGUGGGACCUAUAGCUGCCAUGAAAAACACAGUGAAAGCUUGAAGAAUCAAAUAACAAUUCAAGUUGGAAACCCUCCAGUCCCACCCAAUGUGCUCUGCAGAUCAAAUGCCUACCCUGACACGUUCUACUGCACAUGGCAGCUCUCAAGCCCAACUUACAUCCCAACCGAAUUUGACAUCUCCGUAAGGCACGGAGAUAAGGAAAUUGAGACCAUUAAGGGGGCCAACCACAAGAACAGGUGCAACAUAAAGUUUCCAGAAAUGUUUUCUACAAGCAAAUACACAGUGACAGUAACAGCAAGGAAUGCACUGGGCUCCAGCUCUUCAACCAUUUCUUUCAAUGAGAUUUCCAUAGUGAAACCAGACCCUCCAGAGAUAAUUGAAGUAAAUACAAUUCCUGAUUCCCCAAGCAGACUGGAAGUUAAAUGGAGGAAUCCACUCUCAUGGCCUGAGCCAGAUACUAUGCCGCUCAAGUACUUUCUUAGAUACAAGCCAGUCAUUCUGGAUGACUGGCAGCAUGUCGAGGUGACUGAUGUUCCAUUUCAUACAAUCACUGAUGCAUAUGAAGGGAAGGAACACAUUAUACAAGUUGCUGCUAAGGACAGUGAGAUUGGUACCUGGAGUGAAUGGAGUAAGGCUGUACAUGCAACACCAUGGACUGCAUUUACAUCAGACUACAAGCCUAAAGAAAAAACUACCAAUGUUUCAGAAGAUUUAACCAGUACAACCCCAAGCGUUAGCGCCAACCGACGAAACAACUCUCCGAAAGUGGAAUUAUCCAUGAUGUUGUUCCUUGGCAUGAUCAUGAUUUUACUUAUCUGAUUAUUACUCUGUUUACCUGCAGUAAAAGAGAAAAGCAAUUACGAGAAUCCGUGCUUUUUAUUUUGCACAUGUGGAUGGAUCCAAUGCAUCUCCCUUUCAACAUGAUUCCUGAAGACUACUCCAAGGAAUAUGAACCUCAGAUCCUUGUGAAAGUUCACAGAACAUAAACACAUACACAGAAGGAAAUCAAAAGCAUGGAUCUUUACUGGACACAUCGUCAUGCUGAUGUAUUUUCUUUGAAGGGCAAAUGAAUACCAUUUAAUCUUGCAUCUGGUGAGGGAAAUAUUUUCAAAAAAUAAUGUGAACAAAACCAAUCACAUACAGCUAAAUCAUCAUGCCAAAGACACCAUGAUCUCCAUGACUUUUAACCACAAUGCUCUGCUUCCCGAAAUACAGGCAUCUGUUUAGUGAGGGCAGUUGCUAAUAAUGUCGGGUUACUGUUAGUGACAGUACUGUGAAAUUUUGAGUGUGAAAAUUGUGGUCCGUGAGUUUAUCACAAUUGGUUUAAAACAAUGUUUUGUACUUAUGGCUGAUAACAAAUGAUGGGAUGGAUUGCUCCACUAUGAACAUUAUGCCCUAAAAUGCCUGUGAUGGACUGCAUUGAUUUUUUUUACUGGAAAACAUAUUUGUAUGCUAUUCAAUUAUAACAAUAGUAGAUUCUGUUGUGUUUUAAGAAAACACAUAUCUUCAUUAUUAUCUUUCUUUAAAAAACAAUUAAAAAAAACAAAAAACAUAAAAGGGAUCAAUUUAACUUUUCACAUACUUUCCAAUAUUUCCACCUACAUAAACUUGACCAUACUUAAAUUUAAAUGUGCAGGGAAAAUGACAGGUCCUCUGCCAUCUAUCAAUGACCAGAGAAUCAAUUUUACAGAAGUCAGUAGCUCAGUCCUCAGCUUAGUUAACAAUUUAUUGUAAACAUACAAAAAUGACAAUUAGUGGUUAAGUGUUAGAAUUAGACCAUUGUAAGAAUUAGAAUUCUGAUUUUUUUUAAUAAAAACAAAAUAAAACUUACUUAUUAGAAAAGGAUCAUUUAACAAAGGUGUGUCGUUGAAUAUAAAAGAAUCUGUUUUAUUGCCAAGGCUCUGUAUGUAUUUAGAACUUAUUACCAUGCUCACUACACAUGCUUGAAAUGGCAUUGCUCUAUGAUAAUGCACUUAUCAAGCCCUAUUUCUGUCCAGCCAAAAUCAAGUUCAACAACAAACAACAUUUUUAUUUAAUAGCAUUUUAUAAUUUUACAAUUAUAAGUCCAAUUUUAUAUAACAUGAUUAAUGGAAGUUUUGAGCUGUGCUUUGUUUCUAAAAAAAAGUGCCUAGUGGCCUAUAAGUUGGAUUGUGAGUUCUGUGUUUUGCACUACUGUGCAAUUGAUUUGUGAUGUCUUUAUAUGUAAAUGGUGUUCUUCUAUAUGAACCAUGCAAUUUUCAAAAUUUGAUUGGCACUUCCAAGUGCAUUACACACGCAUGAAAGUAAGAUGGUUGAAUCAAAGUGCAUACAUGACGUGACAUUAUCUGCCGUGCAAUGCUCAUGAUGAGCAUUGCAGCAGAAAAUGGAUUACAUUUUGCUUGUUUAAAUGUGUUAACAUGGAAAAUGUAACAUAGAAUAUUACAGCACAGUACAGGCCCUUCAGCCCACAAUGUUGUGCUGACAUUUUAUCCUGCUCUAAGAUCUAUCUAACCCUUCCCUCCCAUAUAGCCUUCCAUUGUUCUAUCAUUCAUGUGGCUACCUAAGAGUCUUUUAAAUGUCCCUGAUAGAUCUGCCUCCACCACCUCUGCUGGCAGUGCAUUCCACACACCCACCUCUCUCUGUGUAAAAAAAAAACACUUACCUCUGACAUCCCCUCUAUACCUUCUUCCAACCACCUUAACAUUAUGCCCCUUCCUGUGAGCCAUUUUUGCCCUGGGAAAAAGUCUCUGACUGUCUACUCGAUUUAUGCCUCUUGCCAUCUUGUACACCUCUAUCAAGUCACGUCUCAUCGUCCUUCAUUCCAAAGAGAAAAGCCCUAGCUCGCUCAACCUAUCCUCAUAAGACAUGCUCUCCAAUGCAGACAGCAUCCUGGUAAAUCUCCUCUUCACCCUCUCUAAAGCUUCCACAUCCUUCCUAUAAUGAGGCAACCAGAACUGAACACAAUACUCCGAGUGUGGUCUAACCAGAGCUUUAUAGAGCUGUUGACCAAUCACCUGACCAUGUUUUCAUGGAGCUAAAUUCACUGCAACUUAAAGGGCUUCUCACUCAUUUCACUCUUACUGCACUUUGAAAACUGUCUGACUAUGUAGGAGGUCACUAAAUCCUGUGUAGCAACUUUGGGUAAGGGACAUUGCCACUUCUUUAGUUAUUACCCUUUUGCCAUGAGAGCUUCUGUGGUAUCUCUAGCUGUGAGAUCUGCAGGACAGAUACUGGAGUCAGUGCAUACAUGCACAGGGACCAAGAGAGAGGAGGAGAGGACCAGCAUGUCUGCUGGUCCUUAUUCUAAGAACAAAGAGAGAACAAUGUUCUUACAGUUCUCCAAUGAGUAAUUACGAAGGCUACUGUUCUUUUUAUGUCAGUGGUGACUAAGCUGUAACCGCAGGUAGGCUGAGCUCUAAUCAUGGACCUGUGCUUGAAUUACGCUGCCGAAAAAGGCCAAGAUCGCUGUCAUCAUGAACUUCCUAAUCUCUAGAUCAAUCCAAAUAGUGGCAGAGCAUUACUGCUGCGUAUCAUAGUUGUGUACUGUAGCUUUACUUCCUUCUCAAAGUAAAGUGGCCUACUCUCCUUUUCCUUGUGCAGAGAUCAUUAGGCAGGGUAUCCGUGUAGAUUUGUGAGGAUUUAGGGAUUCUUGUCUAGGGAUCGAUAGACUGUACUCGUGUGGAUCUUCAGACUCUCCUUGAGAACAUAUGGUUCUUCAUGAAUUGGAAGGGUUCUCAUACCAUGGACAUACAAUUUGUGGUCAACAAUUAAAAAAAAAACAUUUGUGUGAUUAAUGCCAUGUAUCCAGGGAGUUCAUAUUCACAACAGAUUCAAUAGCUGUGUUGCCUUGCUACUUAUACAGCAGGAUUGAAUCUAGAGUAAUUUCUCAUCAUGACAAAAGACUAUGAUAAUUCUGGGGCAUGCUAAUUAAAUGUUACCACAUUAAGCACUAUGAAACAAAAAAAAUUCUAUUGAAUGAUCAAUUUUUCAUUUCUAUUGAAAAAUCAAGUGAAUGAAACCUUAUCAUUUAUGAAUGAAAGAAAUGGUGAUGAUGUGAAGAAUACAUUGAGCAUCCCCAAUCAUCCUUGAUGUCUUCUUUCCAAAAGCAGUGUAGACUCUGGUACUUCCCAAGUUCAUAUCACUGGAUUCCUGAGAAAGAGCCAAUGAAGAAUGUUGCCCAUUCCAUUAAAACAUUGCCAGCUGUGAGACCAAUUUCAGCAAUUUUAUCUCCUUAACAGAAAUAGAUAGUUGACCUUGGAAGAUAAUCUGAAGAUGUGUGCUCUGUUUAAUGUGAGCACAUAUACCACCCUAUCCAUUCCAACUGCUUUGAUUCUCUGGAUGAGUUAUAAGUGAUUACGUAACCUUAAGAAUACCCUCAUAUCUAGAACACCAUUUCAUUAAUGUCUACAUUUGACUUUUUGAAAAACUUCACUGAUGAGGCGACAGGUACAGGACAAAGCGUGUUGCAUGUACUUCCUCUCAAGGGUCUAAAGAUUCCACUUUUAACAUGAUAAAGUUCAGAAACAAAAUCCAUACACAUAAUUAACUAGACAAUGUGAGUAACUGCUAAAGCCCUUGACAUCUCUCAUACUGUAUGUAGUUGGCCAACUGGUGAAUGCAGCAAACAUUUCCUCUUGCAUCAGUAAGAGUCUUUCCAUGUAUGCUCCACUGCAGUAGUCAUUAUCUGAGUCCUCCUGGGGAGAACUGAUGUGUGAUCUUUCCCUCCAGGGGAAAGGCGCACUAAUUUCCCUAUGGCUCUGACCUAACUGCUGCCCAUGAUGCCAAGUGUCCCUCCAUCCCUCACCUAACCUGCUUGAUCCAGAUCUGAGCUGAUGCUUUGUGGUGUCAAUCACAAGGAUGCAAAAUCUUCUCAUUCUUUUCCUCCUCCUCUCCAUGGAGUGGAAAUACUGGAGGGAAGCUGGGGAGGUAGUUUCUUCUAUGUAAUAAAGGCAUGGUCAUGUUAGGAGGAGGGUUCAGCAAACAUGCACAUAAACAAAAAUAGAAUAUUUACUUUUAUGAAGGGAGGAGACACAUCAGAAGUCCUCUAGAAACUUGCUUGGCUCUAGCAGAACUGGGCCCUUUGUAACCCCAAUAUCCAUUAGUAGGAGGACCCUCUUCUCCAGCCUGGUGAGUACUUGGAACUGAAAAGAUCCACCUAAGUUUGUUGCCUUAGGUCACCUUAUUCUGACAAUGGAGAAAGAUCAUUUCAAUGUGAUGAAAUGGACGUGUUUCAUAUUUUAGUUGUUGCGACUAAUUCAGAGCUGGGUGAGUUGUUCACUAAAGUUGAAACAUUGACUAGUGUACAAGGGCAGCUAGGUUCAUGGGUGACAUACUGAAAUAGGUGUGUGUGAGUUUAUGUGUGAAUGCAGGGAUCUAUGUCUUGAGCUGUGAAAUAUGUAGGUACUGCAGGUGCUAUUUCAAAGCUGCUUUUGUGAGUUACAGUUCUAAGCGGCAGGGCACACAUCUUGACAAGAUACAUGAAGUGAUUGAAUUUCUGCCUGCAAUACUCCAAUCAAUGCAGUGGAUCACUUCUGGCAAUUGCUUCUCCUCUCAGCUCAUUUUCUUCUUUGAUUUGGGAGCUGUGCAAUCAUCCCUAGUGCAGAGAACUUGAACCUUCCUCUACAUCAUCCAUAGGGUUCCUCUGAGAAGUAGGAGGAAUACUCCUCCUCUGCACCACCCCCCAUGCAACCAGUUUAGCAGAAACCUGCACGUUCACUUCCAACAGUGCUGUCGCUCAAUUGACAUGUACUCUUUCUGAUGAAAAUUAACGCAUGAAUGAAUCAAUGUGUGCAUGAUAUUCAGCUACUGGUCAUCAUGAACCGUGAAUUAUCAGAAGAAAUGAAGUGUUGCAUGUUCAAAAUGCUCAUGGACAUAUUCACAUGAUAAAAUUAGUGUAUGAAUUAAUUAGCACGUGCACAGUUUUGAUCUAUAAAUUGUUAUGAGCCAUGCACUAAAAGGCAAAUUAGAAUUUUGUGUGCUGAAAAUGCACAUAGAUAUUUUCACAGCAAUCCUGAUGAUAAGUCAAGCUUCAGUGGCACCAACAAGAAUAGGCACAGUCUAAUUAUGCAGCACAGAUUUGGUGCUCCUGUUUAGGAGUGAUCCAAUUUCUAGGCCGGUGUUUUCUGGGCAUGUGUCCAUCAAAUUUGGACAACUGUAAACACAGUGAAAUAUCCAUUACAACUUUUCUCCUAAAGGCUUAAGAAUGUAAAGACAUGUAUAGUUUCUCUGCUUUUUAAAAUUUUAGUAGGUAGUGCUAAACAAUAUUUUUGCCAUGCAAACAAGGAUAUGGUCAAACUUAAUGGAGCUUCAUUAAAAAGGUACCAUUGCUUUUUGCACUGGGUUAGAAAUAUCUUUUAAUUUGUCUCUGGCUUUCUAUGAACAGAUACUAGAGAGAAGCAAGAGAUUUCUCCACUUGUCUGUUUUAUAGUUAUUACAGUCAUAUAUAAUUACACAUGACUGAAGGCAAACUAGAACUACCUGUUUGAAAACUUAUUGAAAGUCACAGUGGAUUAAAAUUUUACCUGGCUACCUCUGCAUACAAAUCAUUGUAGCUAGUUCCUUCUUGUGCAUUAUUUGGUCUCCAUCUCACACAGUUCCUAUAUUCUAUGGAGCCUUGGUAAGGUUUAUUCUAUUAUACCAAAGGGAAAAUCACUUUUAACAGGGAUUUAUUCUCAUCAAUGAUUAUUGGCAUUAUAUUUAUUAAAGCUUACUCUACUUCUUUCCCAUGAAUUGUAUUAUGAUUGUAAUCUGUUGCAUGUGGUUUAAUAUUUAUCACAGAUAUUCCUGGUGAAGAUAUUGCCUUGUGAACUGAUGAAAUGGAUACUUCUGAAUAUUGUAUUAAAAAACAGCAUUAAGUGAUGAUUGCAUUUCAAGUUAUUCACCCAGUUAUCCACAUUGUUCUAAUUACAACUGCAUCUACUUGUAACAUUUCACGAUAUUACCACAUCUGGUGCAAUAUACUGUGCCAAUACUUUAUUCAGUCACAAAGAACAUGUUCAUCAUUUCAGACUUGUUUGUGUAAUUCUCGAAACAAACACAUAGAAGAGAUUCCACUGUGUGUACUUUCUUCGUGUACUUUCUUGCUCUUUUAUGAAUAACUAUAUCUUACAGGAACAAUCCAAAACCCCAAUGUUUGUGCUUAACAUUUUUUCUCUGAGAAUACUUAUUACCAGU